CGCCGCCGCCCGCCAUGGUUUUCGAAGACGAAAGCAGUGAGGACACGUCCAGCCUGCCGUACAUGCACUCGACCUCAUCCACGGACGGGCUUAACCAGGUCCCUUUCAGCGUUGAAGAUCCAGAUUACCAGGGGCUUGAGCUGGAAACGAUGUCGCCAUGUGAGAAGCACGGCAAGGCAUCUGAGAGGCUUGUCGCAUUUGAAGGAACAGACACAGGGAGAAGGUUCCUAGCAUGUGCAGAGCCGGAAGGGCAGAAUUGUGGGUUUGUUGAAUGGGUUGAUCACCAGUGGCCCCCAACAAUGCAAAAUGCAUUGUUGAAGCUGUGGGCCAUGGUUGAAGAUAGCAAGAGUGCUAGGGUGAAUGAUAAUCUUGAAAGUUCUUUCACUAUCCACCAUCUGACAGAAGAGAAGAACAAGCUGGAGGCCAACUAUGACAAGUUAGUCCAAGAUGUGCAUCAACUUAUGAGCUUCCAGGAGGACAGGGUGGUGGAUUUCAGAUAUCUGCAGGAUAACCUUACAUAUCAGCAGCAAUGCAGAAGUGAACUGGUGGCUGAUAUGAAGGCACAGAUGGCAAAGAAAGAUGCAGAGUUUGAGAAGCUUAAGCAGAAUUAUGAAGUGCUACUGAACCUGACAAGAGCACAAGCAACAGUCAUCCAGAACUUGAAGUUGAAGCAUAUUAAAGACAAGCAAUUGCUUAGUGAAGAUAAGAUGAACUUGGAAUUGAAGAAUGCAGAGCUCACAAAGUCUGAGGAGAAGCUCACCCAAGAGAAGCUAGAGUUGAAGCUUCAGAUUGCUGAGCUGAUGAAGGCAGAGGAGAAGCUGAAGGAGAAGAUCAAGGGGAUCCAGGCCAUCUUAGAGAAGUGA